CCUUCAUUCUCUCUCUGAAACCCAAGCAAGCUCUUUCCCUCGUUUUUUAAGAGAGAGAAAGUAGAUAGAGAACCACCGGAAUUGUUUCUCCAAACCUUAAUUUCAGGAUAUUUUCAACCCCCAGAGCCAAUUGUUGUUCGUUUUUCGCUUUUUCAUUCUGGGAUUUACGUUUUCGUUGUUUUGGUUAAGAGUUUGAUAUCUUAAUCCCUUCAGGUAUCAGCUUCUUUGAAUGCAGCUGAAUAAACUUGUUGGGACAUAUUUGACUCGGUGCUUUUCUUCUGGUGAUUGCCUCAUGGGAAACAGUGAGGAAGGGAAAUCUGUUAAAACUGGAAGUCCUUCUUCACCAGCAACAACGGAUCAGACCAAUCAGACAAAUCAGCCUAACAUUCAUGUCUAUCCUGAUUGGGCUGCCAUGCAGUAUUAUGGGCCAAGAGUCAACAUUCCUCCAUACUUCAACUCGACUGUGGCUUCUGGUCAUGCUCCACACCCAUUCAUGUGGGGUCCGCCACAGCCUAUGAUGCCACCUUAUGGGCCCCCUUAUGCAGCAUUUUAUCCUCCUGGAGGGGUCUAUACUCACCCUGCAGUUGCUAUUGGGACACAUUCACACGGCCAGGGAGUUCCAUCUCCACCUGCUGCUGGGACUCCUUCAAGUGUAGAUUCACCGACAAAAUUAUCUGGAAAUACUGAUCAGGGAUUAAUGAAGAAAUUGAAAGGAUUUGAUGGGCUUGCAAUGUCAAUAGGCAAUUGCAAUGCAGAGAGUGCUGAGCUUGGAGCUGAAAACAGGCUGUCACAGAGUGUGGAUACUGAGGGUUCUAGCGAUGGAAGUGAUGGCAACACUGCAGGGGCUAAUCAAACAAAAAUGAAAAGAAGCCGAGAGGAAACAUCAACCACUGAUGGAGAAGGGAAAACUGAGACACAAGAUGGCCCGAUUUCCAAAGAGACUGCAUCUUCGAAAAUGAUUAUGCCUGCUACCCCAGCUAGUAUUGCAGGAAAGUUUGUUGGUCCUGUAAUUUCUUCAGGUAUGACCACAGCACUGGAGCUUAGGAACUCUUUGACUGUUCAUUCUAAGGAAAAUCUCACGAGUGCCCCACAACCUUGUGCAGCUGUGCCUCCUGAAGCUUGGUUACAGAAUGAGCGUGAGUUGAAACGGGAGAGGAGGAAACAAUCUAACCGUGAAUCUGCUAGAAGGUCCAGGCUGAGGAAGCAGGCCGAGACUGAAGAAUUGGCACGAAAAGUUGAGAUGUUAACUGCUGAAAAUGUUUCACUGAAGUCAGAAAUAACUAAAUUGACUGAAGGUUCUGAGCAGAUGAGGAUGGAAAAUUCUGCAUUGAGGGAAAAACUGAUAAAUACUCAACUGGGACAAAGGGAAGAGAUAAUUUUGGACAGCAUUGACAGCAAGAGGUCUACACCUGUGAGUACUGAGAACUUGCUAUCAAGAGUUAAUAAUUCCAGUUCUAACGAUAGAAGUGCAGACACUGAGAGUGAUUUCUGUGAGAACAAACCAAAUUCUGGUGCAAAGCUGCAUCAACUACUGGAUACAAAUCCUAGAGCUGAUGCUGUUGCUGCUGGGUGAAACCAGUAAUUGCACUGGCUUAUUUUGUAAUUUUGGCAUAUUACAAGUCCAAAAUUACAGCUUGGUGCUAACAACAGUUUUCAGAGGGAUGGAUCAGCUGAGUUUUACAACCUAAAUCCAUCUAUAUAGACCAGAACUAAUUCUUUGCUUGUCAGUUUCUUAGGACAUAAACUCUGUAUUUUAUUAGAAUUGACAGAAAUGGAUGACAAUUUUAAAGAAGUUUGUAAAUUGAUGAGUAUUAGGGAACUAGCUUAGACUUUAAAGAUAGGGUUGUCACACUCUGUAUAAUUGGUUGUGUAUUAACUAUAUUGGUGUGAACUUUCCAAUGGUAUCUGAGUUGAGGUAUUCUCACCUUUUCUUUA